AUGGAAGCUGAUGAAAUCGAAGUAUUCAAGCAGAAAAAACUCUUGAAAUUUCUUCGUGAUGUAAGAGGAAAUGGUACAAGCAUGAUUUCAAUCAUCAUUCCUCCAAAAGAACAACUUUGUAGGACCGUUCAAAUGUUGACAGAUGAAUAUGGAACUGCCACAAAUAUUAAGAGUAGAGUGAAUAGAUUGAGUGUCUUAACUGCAAUCUCAUCUGCACAGGCUAAGCUAAAGACCAUUAGCAAAACACCCAAAAAUGGAUUGGCAUUGUAUGUUGGUGAGAUUCUCACACAGGAUAACAAAGAAAAGAAGAUAGCAUAUGCUAUUGAGCCUAUAAAACCAAUAAAUACCAGUCUGUAUAUGUGUGAUAGUAGGUUUCAUGUAGAAGACGUCUUGGCACUUUUUGAGGACGAUACAAAGUAUGGAUUUGUUGUCAUAGAUGGCCAUGGCGCUAUAUUUGCUACUCUUCAGGGCAAUAUUCAAACUAUUUUGCAACAGAUUACUGUUGAUUUACCUAAAAAGCAUGGUAGAGGUGGGCAGAGCUCAGUUAGAUUUGCUAGGCUUAGAGUUGAGAAGAGACAAGCAUACGUUAAAAAAGUUGCAGAGAUCUGCACAAAUGUUUUUAUAACUAACUCAGUCUCGAAUGUUGAAGGUAUUAUUCUUGCGGGGCAUUCUGAUUUGAAAAAUGAAUUAAACUCAAUAAUUGAUCAGAGAUUGGCCGUUAUCAAAACGGUUGAUACCAAUUACAGUGGUAAGAAUGGUUUGAAUCAGGCGAUUGAAUUGUGUGAGGACGUACUAAAGGACGUUAGAUUUUCCAAAGAAAAAAAGGUUUUACAAAAAUUUUUUGAUGAGCUUAAUCUAAAUACAGGAAUGUAUUGUUAUGGGUUUAAGGCAACGAUUGGAUGCCUUGAAUCAGGGGCGAUAGACACACUGAUUGUCUGGGAAAAUCUAGAUUCAGAGUACGAAGAUACGCUCUUUAUAGAUUGGAUUGCAGAAAACUACAAGAACUAUGGCUGUAAACUUGUGUUUGUGAGUGAUAAAAGUGGGGAAGGAACGCAGUUUGUAGAAGGUUUUGGAGGGUUAGGUGGAAUUCUUCGAUAUAAGAUUGAUAUAGAGACAUUUGACGAAGAAGAGGAGUUGAGCUCAUUUUCAGCGGAGGAUGAUAUCUUUUAA